UUGAUGAAUCCGAAAGAACAGGAGGAACUAUGGAUUUCACAACGCUUUCUCCAACUGAGGUUCAGAAAUUGGAACUGGAUCGGCCUGUUUUUGGUAUACCUACACAGGCUGUGGCUGGUUUGGUGUGUAUUCAGUCUCGUCGUGAGGCAUUUCUCAUUUACAAUCCUAACACCGGGGAGAGAACACCGUGGAUCGAAACGACUACUGUUAAUGAGAAUGUUGGUGAGGAGAGAAGACGUGUAGUUAAUUGCAUUGCAUUUGGAUAUAGUCCAAAAACAAAGGAACACAAAGUCCUGUGCAUAUCGGGUAUCAAGAAAAAAGGAGUAGUGAGAGGCCUAUCAAUGUACAUACCAAGCAUGCCAUACACUCUGCAAUGUCAAGUCUUCUGCAUGAAAAAAUUUGUGGAUGGUAAGGAUUCUGGAGUGUUUGAACAUGCUGCUGACCUAGAAGAAGUUGGAGCUGAUGAAGAACAAGUAUGCGAAGUCUUCACUAUAGGUGAGAAUAAAUGGAGAAGGAUAGAUGCAGUUCCACCUUACAGUUUAGCAAGUAAGGUUUGUUAUGUGGGUGAGCUUGGCCAUUACAAUGAAGAAAGCAAAGCUGUUUAUGUGAGGGGUAAGAUAUACUGGCGUUUCCGAUAUACUCGCAAGGGUGAAGUGAUGAUGGUGUUUGAUGUUAGAACUGAGAAAUUUAAAGUUAUCUCUAUUCCUGAACAUGUCACUAGAAGCCCCAAGAAAUAUCCACAAACUGUUGAGUUGUUGGAGGUUGAUGGUCACAUAGCUGUAUUAAAGUUUACACCAGAUUGUCCGAUUUCGUUGUGGAUACUUAAUCAAGACGAUGGUACUGAUAAGUGGUCAUAUGAGAAGGUCAGAACGCCUUGUGACUGGAGUGGAAUUCGAGAUCUUUCUAUUGAAGCUAUUUCAGGUACAAAUGUUAUCAUCAUGAAAAGAGAAAUGUCAGAAACUAUUUACGUUUACUUUCGGGACAGAAAAGCAUAUGAUGCCUACACAAUGAAUGAAAAGCAUGGACUCAAUUAUCAACCCGGAGAAUUAAGAGGGAUUCUCACUCUAUUCGACAACCUCACACCUGUGUCUACAAAGCUCUGCAGCAUGUUUUGAAGGAGAUACAAGGCUUGCCUUUUUAAUUGCUUGAGUUGGAUGUCUCAAGUUCCUAGGUGACAAAGAUUGAAUCCCUAUCACAACUCUGAAGUCUGAACCAAAUGCGUUUGUUUAAUUUCUUUCUGUCAGUCGCAACUUCCGUACUUUUGUUUGGUACAAGACAUGCCUUGUGGUACAUUUAUUUUCUAUCUUCUCUUAAAUGAGCUAAGACUAUCG